AUGUCCGGCCUAUCCUUCCGCGUGUCCGACGACCCAUCAAUGAUGUACUUCCAUCACAUCAUCGACGGCGACACGGGCACGCUGAAAGUGCAGGUGCUGAAGCCCGAGACGUCGCUUACGCUGCACCACUCGCGCGGCCUGCGGCUGCUCAGGCCGAGCGUGCUGGUGGAGAGGAUCGAGCGCAAGACGGUGGGCUUCCUCGCCCUGUCGCGCGGUCCGGACCGGCACGUCGUGGCCUGGGCCGAGAGCGGCCACGGCGUCAGCCGGACGGGCGACGUGCUCGACGCGCCGGCCGGCGGGCCCGUGCUGGCCAACACCCUCUGGACGCAGCGCGUCAUCCGCGUCGGCCGGCUGCUCGGCCUGACCAUGGAGCGGCCCUUUGACGCCAUGGGCCGCCGCCGUGACGGCCACCAUCACCAUCACCACGGUGAGGACGCCGGCGUCUUCCUGGGAAGCCACGUCGAGGCCAAGCUGGCCGUGUACGCCGUCUGCCUCAUGCUCCGGACCUUUGGCGUGACCGACGACCUCGACGGGCCGAGCCUGUCGCUGUCUCACCUGCACCGCCUGCGCCGCGCGAGGUGGCUCGACGGCACGAGGCCGGCCUUUGACAUCUUCUUCUCGAGGAAGAACUGCGCGCCCUGCGGUUCCCUCGUCACGCGCCUCCAGGACGCCACGGGGCUACAGCUGACCCUGAGCUGGCGCCACAGGCUCGAGAGGAAGGUCUACCUCCGGACUGGUGGGCGGGGCGGUGGUGCUCCCCACGGCGUCGUCGAGGACGAUGACGAGGACGAUGACGUCGAGGACGAGGGCGUGAUGAAGUCCCCUGCCAAGCAUGACGGGAACCCGCCGCCCCUCGCCGUGCAGGAUGACGAACCCGCCGUCGCCGCCGCCGUCGCCGUCGUGGAUCCGACUGUGAGUCCCGAACCAGGGCAGCAGGACGUGCCGGCCGUGCAGGUCGACGACUCCAUCCGCAGCCACGGAGCUAGUCUCAUCACGCCCCUCCGACCGAAUACCGGCGUCGGCAUCAGCAAGCCCCUGCCCGCCACUCCCGUCACGGAAUGCCCCGAAGUACACUCAUCCGGCCAACGUCGUCCUUCCUCGUCCUCCAACUAUUGCAACUAA